UCUUUUAUUUUGAAAGUUGUAUCCGGAAGCGGUGUUUUUUUUUUACAGUCCUUCAAACUUGACGCUGAUCUCUCCCACACACCCCGUGAUCUCCAAAACAACAUAACAAAGUGGGGGAAAACCAACAUGGCGAGCGGAGAGGAGGCCAGAAGACGCCCCUCGGUUACCUCCUCUUCGGUCGGCCUGGAGGCUCUGUUCCCAGCCGGUACCUCGGAGCAGGCCUGCGGGGACGGAAACCCGGAGCUCGUCCUCCUGCGAGAGCGUCUCCAGGGCUGGCUGGCGCAGUACGAGCUCCCGCUGCUGUGGAUGCAGAGGCUGCUGGUGUGGGAGAGGCCGUUGUACAGCAUCUCUGUCGCCUUGACACUCAACACAUUAUUCUGGCUGCUGUCCUCCACCUCCCUGCGGCCUCUGUUCAUGUUGAGUGUGUCCCUGUUGGGGCUUAUGCUACUGGAGAGAUGGAAGCCAAAGUUGCCCAUCAUUACUGUUCAACAUGCUGAGGCUCCCCCAGUACAAAGUGAAACAAUGAGUGGGGAGCAGCGAUUGCUCAGUAUUCCUGAGCUCAGCCACCACCUGGCUGAGAGCUACCUGACCUGCUGUCUGUACCUGGAGGAGAUGCUGCAGUACAAACAGCAGAACCACGGCAAGUUCUGUGCGAUGAUGUGCAGCGGCUGUUUUGUGCUUGCCGUGGUCGGACAUUAUGUUCCAGGAAUCAUGAUCUCCUAUAUUAUAGUCCUGAGUGUGCUGCUGUGGCCGCUGGUGGUGUACCACGAACUGAUCCAGCGGAUGUACACCGGCUUGGAGCCAAUCCUGAUGAAACUGGACUACAGCAUGAAGGGAGAUACCGAACACCGCAAGCACGACAAGAGGAAGGUGAAGAAAGAGAUGGAAGAAGGGGACGAGCCAAGAGCAGAAACGGAGAGCGAGAGUGAGGAGGAGCUGUCCUGUUUCGCCCCGACGGUGGAUGUGAAGACCACGGCCCUGGCGAUGGCUAUCACAGAUUCCGAGUUGUCUGACGAGGAGGCUUCCAUCUUAGAGAGUGGAGGGUUCUCCGUGUCCAGAGCCACCACUCCUCAACUCACGGACGUCUCUGAAGAUCUGGACCAGCAGAGUUUACACAGUGACCCAGAGGAGGCUUACCUGCGGGAUCUCCCUGAGUUCCCCUCAGUUGAGGAGUUCCCAUCCAUCGAGCACAACCUGCUCCACUUUCCUCUGCGAGGUCCCACCCAGGGAGACGGAGCCCAGGCUAGUGCUGCAUCAGAAGGGGAACCGUUGAGCCCCGCCAGCCUCCUCAUCCAGCACCUCGCAUCCCCGCUCCACUUUGUGAACACACACUUCAACGGACAUGGACGACCACCUGGGGGCGAGGCGAGCUUGUUGCCUGUGCCAUGCGCAGGUGAGGAAGCGGGGAGGCAGGGGGGAGACGGGAAGGAAGCUGAGGUAGCCCACGGUGCACAGCAGUCUUUGGAGGCCUUGAGCGAGGAGAUAGUGAGCACGGCUAUCUCGGCCGUGGUUCAGAACACUCUGUCAGCCCUGCUGCGCUCUAGCGAGGCCAGCGAGGAGCCCACCCUGGCUGAGUUCCUCCCCACCGAAACCCCGCCGAGCGCUCUGGAGACCUCCACUCAACCAACCACCGACACCACUGCUAACACUACAGUUACUACAAUAGGAGCGCUGGGGCCUGACGAGGACCUGGACGAGGCGAUAACAACAGAAAGCGGCGGCGGCGGCGAGGAGAUGCCUGAUGACACACUAGUUCCAACCGAGGAGGAGGAGGACUUUGAGCUUCUGGACCAAAGUGAACUGGAGCAGUUGGAUGAGGGGCUGGACUUCAGCUCUGACAGACAGGUGGUGGGUGGAGCCUCAGGAGCUCCAGACACACCCCCAUCUCCUCUGCAUCAACCACAGUCAUAGCUUCCCUGUUGCCCCCCCCCUCCUCUCUUUCCCUCCCUCCUGCCCUAUCUCCAACUGUUUUUGUUUUUAUUUGUACGUUAGAAUGACAUAUACACGCAUACAUAAAUACAUACUGCUAUAUACAAAACAUUUAUCAAAGAGUUUAGCAUUUAAUACUGUUGGUUGGUGAUUGUGUGGCAGAUGGUUGAGAUAACUAUGUGCGGUCUGUUUUCACAUAGCCUCAAAUGACAUGAGUGUGCUCUGCCUUGGUGCCUGAGAUGUUUCUAGUCCAGGACCAUCACAUUAUCAGGAUCAUCAGUUAUUAUCAGUGAAACAGCCUUCAUGUGAAUUCUUAAACACACAAAUUAUAACAGAUGUUUUCUUUGUGGUAUAAACUGCCUGCUGGCCUGAUGAGAGCAGGUUUAGGGCAGGGUCAGGUUGGGUUAAUAGUUAAAGAGACAUUAUUGUCAGGGGUUGUGCAUUGCAUUUUAUAUCAGGGCUCUGAGUUUAGCUCCAUCAUCUAGCAUUAACAUUUGCUUGAUCAUUCAGCAAACUGAUCUCCCACUGUAUAAUCUCAUGUCACAAUAAUGAUACCUUUUCUGAUUUGAACCCUUCCACUUUGUGUUCAGAGAGACGCAGAUGUUUAUCCAGAUGGUGUUGGGGAGAGUGGGAGAUGUUGGAAAAUAUAACUAUUAAUAUAUGCUAUAAAUUAUUUAAUUUAACGGUCAGUUGAUAACAUUUAAUUGUUGUGCUGACAGGGAGUUCAAAGAAAAGUUUUAAUCCCUUCAGUCGCCCUUAAUGAUUGUAUGGUAAGAGUUGACACCAUGGACACCCAGGUUUAAAAAUGUAGUUACAUAUUCCCAGUUAGACUUUCACUUCAUCCUUAAUUCAUUAGUCUUUCACUUGUUGCCUGGAAAUGGAAAAUUAAAAUCUUUGACAUUGUUGGAUGUUGACAAGUAGUACACAUACACAUAAGUGACUUUGGUGUGGCACGAUAAAAAAAGAAACUUUCCCAACUUUCCUUCACGUGAUCGAUGCCUCAUUUUUGUUCAUAUUUGUGAGUAGAGUUUUCAUUUCGUACAUCAUGUAAUUGAAUUUACUCUCGAUCUCCAACAGGCUUCUUGUUAGAAAGGCCCGUCUAUACCCAAACUAUUUGUACAUGUAUAGUCAUCACUGGGAUAUGUAUAUUUACCAAAUAACCUUGUUUGUGCCACGACAAGUCCAUGCAUGCCAUUAAAAUCAAGCAUGUAUUUACCAUGAUCGUUAUUUAAGGGCAUUUGUCAAAAAUAGCAUUAAUUUUAUUGGAGUUGUUUUUGGGGUUGGGGUUUUUUUGGCAGUUAUUGAAGAGACAUAAUACUUUAAUCACACACAUUACUUAUCUGGCCACUGCUGAGGAUUCAUGGAAAAACUUUUGACAUGGCAAAAAUUGACAAGAAAUCUAGCACUAUGCUCGACUAUAUGAGGAGGCAGGUUUUGCUUUUGGAAGCCACUCAGCAUCCAAAUCUCAGGGGUGGGUUGUACAAAAUUUGAAUAUACCAUCGCAGAAUAUGUGUCCAUAUCCCGACUUGUCGUAGUGCACUGUAUUUGUACUAAUCUGUCCUUUUUUUGUUUGUUUUUUUCAGUCAAUGCCUCCUUGUGUAUAGUGUAGAAAUGCUAAAAAGGAACGUGUAUAUUCUGCAUGUAAAAAACAGCACUCUGUUAAAGGUCUCCUUGUCGACUGACAAAGUACUGCACAAUUUGUGAGGAAAAAAAAAAGAAUCAAUUUGAAUGUUUCUGUUUAAAAGAGCCCAUUAAAUUCAGUUGGUUUAAUAUUGAUUUUCCAACAAGGGGAGUAAAAGUUUUUAACUGUCCUCAUGUUUAAAACUACCCAGCUGUAAAUGGAAACGGGUAGCAAGUGAUAACAUCAGAUUUAGAGAAGGAUAUUAACAGACUAGUUUGUGUAUGGUAGUAGUGUGUUUUAUGCUUCAAAUAUUGCUUCUUGAUCUAUAUAAAAAAAGCACUUACUGAACUGUACAAUUUUAAAAAAGGAAUAUAUUUUCUAAUUUCUCCUUUUUCCAUAAAGUACUCAGUUUGAUCUUUUACAUCUGAAAAUAUAACAGCUAUGGAAGAGUUUCACGAAGCGGGAAAAAAAGAUUUAUUGUCGUUAAACUGGUUAAAAAAAAAGAGAAAAAUUUAAAAUAAAACUGCAACUCCACAUGUGAAAGUAAGAGAAUAAAAGAACAAACUGAAACAAACGA